AUGGAUGACUCUCCCCCAAGUGGGGAAGAUGAGGUCGUCGAGCCCGACCAGGGAAAUGUGCUGUCGCACAUCAUCUCGCAGUUGCGACCCGGCGCAGACUUGAGUCGCGUGGUCUUGCCAACCUUUAUCCUCGAGCCCCGAUCCAUGCUGGAGCGAAUUACCAACUUCAUGGCCCAUCCCGAGACCCUCCUGCCCAUGUCCACGAUCGAUGAUCCCGUCGAGCGCUUCGUUUCGGUGGUCAAAUUCUACCUGAGUGGAUGGCACAUUAAACCACCAGGCGUGAAGAAGCCGUUGAACCCGAUUUUGGGAGAAACGUUUACUUGCUACUGGGACUAUCCCGAUGGAACCCGCGGUUACUACAUUUCCGAGCAAACAUCCCACCACCCGCCCAAGUCGAGUUAUUUCUUUGCGGCCCCGGAGCAUAAUAUACGCAUCGAUGGAACCCUGAAGCCCCGGAGUAAGUUCCUGGGCAAUUCGGCAGCCAGUAUGAUGGAAGGCAUUGCCAUUUUGCGACUGCUGAACCGCGGCGAGAACAAAGAAAAGGGCGAGAGAUAUAUCCUGACCCAACCCAACAUGUAUGCGCGUGGCAUUCUUUUCGGCAAGAUGAAGUAUGAGCUUGGCGAUCACAGCUAUGUCCGCUGUCCAGAGAACCAUCUCGUGGCCGAUAUCGAGUUCAAGACGAAGGGUUAUUUCUCUGGCACUUAUAACGCCAUUGGUGGCACAAUCAAAAACGAGCAGACUGGUGAGGUGCUUUAUGAAUUGUCAGGUCUAUGGAAUGGAGAGAUGCAUAUCAAGGAUGUUCACACUCACAAGAAAGACCUUUUGUUUGAUGCAUUGCACGCAAAGCAUACGAAGCCUUUGGCACGUCCACUGGAAGAACAAGGUGAGCGGGAAUCACAGCGCUUAUGGCUCGAGACAGUCCAAGCGAUUGUCGCCCGCAACCAUGAAGCUGCCACAGAUGAAAAGACCAAGAUUGAAGAUCGCCAGCGAGACGAAGCUGCCAAGCGUGCUGACGAAGGAAUUGACUGGCGUCCCCGGCUAUUCCGUGCCAUCCAGGGCGGACCUGGUGGUCAGGAUGAAGGCGAGGAAGACCUCGACUGGAUCAUCAAUGCCGACGUCGAUAUGCGCGAUCCCAACCUGGCCACCAAGCAAAUUCUAGCCAUCGCCCCCAUCGUCCAAGGUCAGAAACAGUCAUCCCAGUUCCAAAUCCCGCCACACCAUCCCCGCGCUCCAAACUAG